AUGAAUUAAUAUCAAGAAGCAUUACUUAAAAAUUCAAGUAUUCUUACAUUUUUAAAUAAGUGAGGGGAGAAGAAAUUACUGUUAAUCUCUAAAUAUACAAUUCAACUGCUCAAUAGGAUAGACAACAAUUUUUUAAAGCAUUAUAAGAUUUAGCAAAUGAAAAAAAAACAAAAAUCAAUGAAUAAACUCGUAUUCUACAACUCAGAUUACCAGGUACGACAACCAUAGCUAAUAUUAAAUCAGAUUUGGAAAAAUAUUGCAAUCAAAAAAUAGUAAUGAAAUAUUUACUAUAAGCAAGAUUUUGAUGUGUGAAUCAAUGGUACCUAACCCAUUAGAUGUCAUUGGAGAUAUCAAAUGUACAACUUAAAAACAAGAGGUCCAUUUGCAAUUGUGUUCUUAAGUAAUUGCAGGAUGAU